UAUCGUGUUUAAUCUGGCAAACCCGUCUGUUGCGAAGAAGAAUUCUGCUGGUCAUGGCUGAAGCAGGGCAGCAGUCAGCAUCUACUCGGGAUGAUGAAGAAGCUCCUCAAGCCACAGAGAAUUUCAGCUAUGUGAUACCCAGGAAAGAAAUCAGCACAGUUUCUGAUAUGGGCAGGUGGAAAAGAUCUCAGGCUUAUGCAGACUACGUGGGCUUCAUUCUGACCCUGAAUGAAAGCAUAAAGGGAAAGAAGAUCACUUGUGAAUUUAAAAUGUCAGAGACGGUGAAGAAGUUACUCGAUCUAUUAGGGACUCUGGACCAGUGGAUAAAUGAGACUCCUCCUGUUGAUCAACGAUCGCGCUUUGGUAAUACGGCCUACAGAACGUGGUAUGCCAAACUAGACCAGGGAGCAGAGGCUUUGGUGUCAGCAGUUCUCCCAUCACACAAGACUGCAGCAUCUCCAGAAAUAGCAGUGUAUCUCAAGGAGUCUGUGGGUAACCCCACCAGGAUAGACUAUGGAACAGGCCAUGAAGCUGCUUUCGUUGCGUUCCUUUGUUGUCUCUGCAAGGUCGGCGCACUCGGGAGAGACGAUCAGCUCGCUCUCGUUUUUACAGUUUUUAACAGAUAUCUUAAUGUGAUGAGGAAGCUACAGAGGACCUACAGAAUGGAACCAGCAGGAAGCCAAGGUGUUUGGGGAUUGGAUGACUUCCAGUUUCUUCCCUUCCUGUGGGGGAGUUCCCAGUUUAUAGAUCACCCAACACUGGAGCCGCGGCACUUCAUUGUUGACACGGUGGUGAAUGAACAUUACCAAGACUACAUGUUUCUGGAUUGCAUCAAGUUCAUAAAUGAGAUGAAGACGGGCCCCUUUCAUGAGCACUCCAACCAGCUGUGGAACAUCAGUGACGUUCCAUCCUGGUCCAAAGUCAACCAAGGACUCAUCAGGAUGUAUAAGGUCGAGUGUUUGGAGAAGUUCCCUGUGAUCCAGCACUUCAAGUUCGGCAGCCUGUUGUCCAUCCAGCCGGUGAAGCCUUGACCGUCACCAAGCAACACCCGCUGAUGGACAGACCAAAAACCCCUACAGCUUCCUACUGUGGCACGCUUUCACGCAAACACAACAGUAGCGAAGUCAUCUAAAUGUGCUAAUGCCUUGUCUCACGAGCACAUGUGGUCUUGAAAGCUUGUAGGUCAUCAUCUUAUUUAUAUGAUGGAUUACACUGGUCAACAACAAAAAACUCUUUUGUUCAUGCAUGGUCUUUGAGAACUGAUUUAGGGUCAUUUUGGGGCGCUGAAUCCAAAUCUGAGCUCAGAUUUCCUCUAUCAAAUUAUGGGUUUUUUGCAAUCUGCAUGUUCCGUAUUGAUGGAUUACGCAAAAGUUGCUCAUUCACUCAUGAGUUUGACUCCACUAAUCAUGCACAAAAGCAGCUUAAAAAGUGUAGUUUUUAAACCAGACGCUUGAUACAAGAAAUGUUUUCUUAUAUAUCAAAAAUGUGAUCUGAUUGGCAAAAACUAACUUCAGAUUACCCAAAAUCCGUUGAAAAACUCCAUGCAAGAAAGCUCAUGUGGACCAGUAUAAUCUGUGUCCGACAAUUUUUUUUUGGGGGGGGGGGGGGGUGAUGGCCCCAUUUAUUUUUGUUCAUGACACUUUAUGAAGAGUCACACGUCUUUACUGGUUAUGUUUGCGUGCUGCAGAUACAGAUGAGGACAACAUUAUCAGUGCCCCCCAUUAUGAAAUGUAACAUUUUUUUCAAAAUUUUCCCAAGUGCUUUUUUAACAGAGCAAGGAAUUUUCAACACAGCAUUUCUAAACAUCCUAGUUUUAUUUUGGAUGCUGACAUUAUUUUACUUUGCACACAGAAACAAAAUUAUUUCACAUAAACCAAAAACUACCAGGAUGAAAAUUAGUUCUCUUAAGAACUGAGCUUUUUGUUGAACCGAUGAUGUGCUUUAAGUUUGUGAUGAUCAAAGCUUUUAAAAUGAAAUUAAAGCUGAAGGCAAAUUUGAAAGUACACACAGUAUAAAAACUUCAUUAAGGGCUUGAGUCGUCAUUGAGGAAGCUUCAGAAGGAAUCAGUUUCGACUUGAGAAAAACUGUUGAUGCUCACAAAGCAGGACGGUUUUUGGUUUUUGUAAAGUGAUUUUGUUUCUCUGUGCAAACUAAAAUAAUGUAAGCAUCCAAAAUAAAACUAGGAUGUUUGUUGAAAAUUCAAUGCUCUGUUAAAAAAGCAUUUGGGAAAAUUUUUGAAGAAAACGUUCAAUUUCACAGAGGGGCUAAUAAUUUUGUCCUCAUCUGAAGAUAAACGACACGACGCGUUAAGGUUUGGGUUUCUGUGUCGUGUGAUGUUCAUGAAAUGGUUUAUUUUGGCUGUUUGUUUAAUUUGACUUACUUUCUUGUUUCGUUUUGUUUUUCUUGUUUUUUUUUUGAAGGCCAAAUGUUUGUUGAAAAUAUGUUUUGUCUCAUCCAUCCAAUCAAAGAAUUUUAUAAAUUAGUUAAAAUUGAAGAAUGACAAAAUAGUUCAGUUUUCCUUGACAGACUGUUUAAGAUGAUCUGUUCAAAACAAUAUUACAAAGAAUUUAUUUAUUUAUUUUAAUCGGCAUCAAAACUAAAGCUUAUGUGGAUUAAUUCAUUCAAACUUACUUUAUACACUGAGGAAAAUAAUUAUUUGAACACCCUGCGAUUUUACAAGUUC